AUGAGAUCUCUUCCAGGUUUCGAUUCGCUGAAAUCAAUAGGCGCUCAUCAGCCGAAUACCUUACUCACAGCAUGUCACCAAUACUUGUUACAGAACCCUAAAUUGUCCCCACCAUCGAAAGCCUUUGUACUGAACGCGAUCGACAGUGUGGUCUCCGACGGGAAAAUUGUGAAUGAACUGGAUGAACAGUUAGUUCUACUCAUAAUCAACCUUGCCACACAGGAGAUGACUAUGACCAGCAAAGAGGCAGACGCAGAGUGGGCAGAAUCAGCUAAGACUGUGCUGGUGACAUUGGCGAAAAGCCCUCGUUUUGCGUCUCAUGUGAUGGACGCGAUACUUCAGAAGUUUCAACCUGGAUUGACUACAAGUCCUCACCGAUAUAUUGUCUUAACAAUGGCAACCAUUGCAGAGCAUAAUCCAUUCGGGCUUGUUCCAUUUCUCACUGAUAUUUUAUCCCGAACUGUGCCGUUGCUGAGCCACGUACGAAGCGAUCCGCUUAGAUCUGCCUGGGCACGAGCGAUUUGUUCCUUCUGUGAGUGCAUUCGUGAAUGUGAAACGGAAAGACCUCAAGAAGCUGAUGAAGGCGAUGUCGAAAGUCGAGAACAAGAUAAUGAUCGGCAUAUAGUACUGAGUCGACAUACAUAUACAGAUCAGGCUGAAGCCAUCUAUGAAGUGGUUUUUCAAUGGAUGUACAGCAAAGAUGCAAAAACCCGUGCCGAAGCUGGAGAAUGUAUUGGUGAAUUAUGUCUGAUGAUAAAACCGGAAAAGGUGGUAGAAGAUCUCAAGAAGCUAGUAACUACGAUUCUUGGCUUGUACAGGAAAGCUUAUACGGAACAACAUACAAUCACGAAAGUAACAACACGAUUUGCGGACAAGAUUGUAUACUACUUGCUGCAUAAAAUACAGAGCGUCGUUGAUAUGCAGAAACUGGGAGCGAUAAAUGUUUUGCGACAUCUUCUUAAUUCAGCAGGUCAAUAUAUGGAAGACAAGCGCUCACUGCUGAUGAUGGGGCUUCGAAAGCUGUUAGCUGCUGAGAACAAUUCAUCGAUCAGGGUGAAAAGGGCAAUUGUGCAGCUAUGUGUGGCCUUAUCAGAUCAUGCCUACGUUGAUGCCGAAGGUGGCGAUCAUGUGACGGCAUUUCUUGUACGAAAUCUGGUGCCACCAUCUGAGCAGGAAGUGCAGCAGGCUCGUAAAGUUGAAGUGGAUGUAGCUGGUUUAAACCAACUUCGUACCCAGUGUGGUCAAGCACUCCAUACGAUUGCAAGCACAUGUGUCUGCGCUAUGGAGUACAUUUCAAGAGAAGGUAUUUUCAGCUAUUGCUUUUGUUUGUCACAUAUUGUAAAAUAA